AUGGUGAAGGUAUUUCGUUUUGACAACAAUCCAAAGCGAGAGAGGCGAAAGCGAGACUCGCCCUCGAAUGCAAGUUUCGAUGGCAUAAUACAGGCUAUUCGUCGCAUGAACUCGAAUGAUAAUGACAAUUCGAGUUCAGAAGGAGAAGCUUGCGUCACUCCUUCACCCUGCAGUUCAAGUAAUGAUGAUGAUGCAUCCUGCACAUCCAGAUUGGAUGAAGAGAAUGAACCAGUGAAUGCUGUGAUUGUCGCCGCUUCCGGUCACAGCAAGAGUAGAAACCUUCCCGAUUCGUUUCAACAUUGGGCACGCGCGGUGCAAGCCCUUGUCGCGUCCAAAGAGAUGGAAAUACUGUUGGAUUGCAGUCGCAAUGUAGCCUUUUCGGUGGCAUCCACCGGACGAGAUGCUGCAGUGUCGACAGGAAGCUUUGCAGUUCAUGUAGUGAAGCUUCCUGUUACAGUACCCUUACAUAUUGCAACCACUGCUACCAGCAUGGUUUGUGAUGCAACAGGGAACGUCUUGGGAAUGGCAUUUGGAUCGACCACGAGUAGUGGUGAAAGCAGCAGUUCCCAGUCACCCAUUGAUGCUUUGGUCCAUGGUAUUGUUCAUUUUGUUCCAUUUGUUUCUAAUCAAGCUGGUAAAAUCACGCAAGAAAUUGGAGGUGUUAUUGGUGGAGCUGUUGGAGGCUUGUUGUUUGGACAAGGGCAAGACAGUUCAAGCAAUGAAAGAUCCACCAGGACAUCAUCUAGAGGAGGGUGCGGCACCCCGUCUGGCGAGAGCUCCGCAGAGCGAAGAUCUGUGUUAGAUCGUCUGAGUCUCGAGAUACAAAUACCGUCCAACUCUACCGAUGACCAUCCGGUUGUUACUCCCGCUGACUUUAGCAAGUUUUUACUUCGUGUGGAUGAUGUUGAUGUAUGGCUGCCCCAAUCUAAGAAAUCGAAGGAAAAGAGACAGAAGGCCCAAUAUAUCGACUUGGAGACGGAGUUCUGCAAUCUAGAACUCAUUGCGGAUGCUCUUGGAAAGAUGAAGAUGAAAGCAAUUGAGAUGAGUGCUGUGUCAAUCGAUGGACAAUCUUCUUCAAAAGACUCAAGUAUCGUGGAAUGGAAACCAGAGGGCAAGACUGGAAGGUAUCUCGAACAAAUGGCGCAAUUGUCAGAGCAAGAAUUCUACAAAGAACUCCAACAUCACGUUUUGUUUUGGUGUGGAACAAGUCGAGGAGGGCAAAAUUUCUAUGGAUCUGAUGUUCCACUUUUCCUAGCUCGUGGGGUGGUUAGGAGGAGUCCUCUAGAGUUUAUCAAUCUCUUGUGGAAUAGCGAUCGAACCUCCGAAUACAAUGACUAUAAUUUGGGAAGAAGUGAUGCUUUGAUUGUUACAGACAAUAUUACCUGCGGUGGAAGCGAUGGCACCAAAGUCGUCAAGAGCAAAACUAAGGUGCCGUUCACGCGCAUGGCGCUCACACUCUCAACCGUCAUGCACGCAAGCAAGCUGGACAGCGAAGAGGGGUAUGUCGUCAUCAGCCGAUCGCUCAACACAGGAUCGGCUGGUCAUCAUGCUUGUGGUGCUUCCAAGAAUAUCCAACCAAACAGCAAGAGUGAAGUCUUGAUGGGAGUAAAUAUCAUGCGGCCUGUUCCAGGAAACCCAAAUCUAACUGAUCUAACAAGCUUGUCGCAAGUCAGCUCCUCCAUGGUACCCCAAUUCUUGGCGGCACGCAUUGGAAUCAUGGGAAUUCAGGACUUUUUCAACAACGUCAGGUAA